GGCUGCAGAUAUGAAUGACAAAUACUUAAAAGAGAUAAAUGAGAGUAAACAGCAUAUAGUAUAUCUCGAACAGAAAUUGCUUGAGACAAGUCAAGAAAGAGAUUCCCUACAAUUAGCUACUAGGCUUAUUGCCCAGGACAAAUACUGUCAUCAUCAUACAAGUCAGAAUGAGGUAGCUGAAACCGCUGCUAGAAAAAACGAUAAUGUUUGGCAGAAAGUGCAUAAUACUAAUAACAAUGGUGUGUAUCAUAACAAGCAAACUAAGCAAUUAACAAGAACUGACAUUGGCACCGCAAACAGAUUUGAAUUAUUAAUUAACGAGGAUGGAAACAAUAGCUGUUGUGAACCGGAACAGGAACACAAUCACAAGAGCUCACAAGCAAGAAAUACACAAUCGACUCACGACCCCAGCGAUCAUUCCCAACUAGACAGUAAUGAUGAUCAAUCCGCUCAACACGUCAGGUCUCCACAACAAACAUCCACCUCUAGUUCUCUUUCCAAACAAACCCCAAAUAGGGGUCUGAAUGGAAAGCAAGGUGGUAAACGGCAUAAUGGCGAUCGUAAGAAUCAAAAGUCUGGACACUCAUCUCGCAAAGUAACUAUUGUCGGAGAUUCAAUGUUGAAGAACCUGAAGGGUUACAGGAUGUCUAAAGAAAACAAAGUCAAAAUAUCUACAUUUCCUGGUAGUACCACUAGAGAUAUGUACGACUACAUUAAACCUGUUCUGAGAAAGAAACCCGACCAAGUAAUUAUACACGUAGGUACAAACAGUCUACGAGAAUCUGAAAGCCCCACAUCCUGUGCAGAGGAAAUUGUUGAAUUAGCUAAAUCG